UCAGAUCAUAUACGACAUUGGGGCCUGCUAGAUAUUGUCAAUUCUGGUCCUAUCUAGGUACCCUACCUUUUAUACUUAUAUGCUCUCUCUUUCUAAAACAAAAUAUAAUCGCAUUUCCUUUCUCGCAACGCUGCGCCUCACAAGUAAUUAUGGUGGAUAUCAAUAUGGCUUCAUCUUCGAAAAAUACAAAAAUUAAAAUUGAAGAUGUUUGUAGAACUUGUUUAUCGAAAGAAAAUGAUUUGAUUUCAAUAUUUGAAGAGUGUUUUGACAAAGUCACGUUGGAUGUUGCAAUUUCUGCAAUAACUGGAAUCAAGAUUGAACAAGGCGAUGGUUUGCCAACUACUGUGUGUCAUAGCUGUAAGGAAAAUGCAUCUAAAGCGUAUGAAUUCAAAAGAAAAUCCCAAGAGGCUGAUAUCACCCUACGUGAUUUAUGUAAAAAGGAGGAAAAAGAAGUUUCUCUUCAAAACGAUUUUACAUACCAGAAUAAUGAUGUAGGAGUAAAGACUGAGCAACUUAUAGUGGAUGAUGCAGACAAUUAUUUAGAGGAAUGGCAUGGAUUAGAAGAUUUGAAUGAUUUGGAAACCGUUAAGAAUGAAAAUUGUUCUAGUGAUGUUCAAUCUGAUCUUCAGUGUAAAAAUUGUUAUACAGUAUUCAACACAUACCUAAAAUUUCAAGAACACAUGAGACAUAAAUGUUUAAAAGUUGAAUUUGAUGACAGUAGUAGUAAUUAUUGCCCUCUGUGCGGCACAUGCUAUUACGAUGCUGUUAAUCUGACUAAACAUAUGUGGGAUAGCCAUGCAGAUCUAAUGGGUGCAAAGAAAAGAGGAAGACCAAAAAAAAUGCCGACCGGUUCUAUUUUAAACAAAUUAACCGAAAAUGGAUUUUUGUUAAAAUCAAUUCCUUUAAGGAGGUAUAAUUGCACAUUUUGUAAAGAUGAAUUUAAAACCAAAGAAGAAUAUUCAAUACACCUUACGAAACAUAAUGAUACGAAAGUUUUAUGUUGUUUAAUAUGUAAAAAAAUGUACCUGAAAAAGAAACACUUUGAUCAGCAUACAUGUGAAGACAAAAAUGACCAAAAUAAACAAGACGGACAUAUACAACGUGAAGAGAACAACAGAAAUAAACAAAAUUUUUUCACAAAUAUGACAGUGCAGGAAGUUUUGAAUCCCAAUGGUGAUGUGAAAAAUAAUUCUUUCCCCGAAGUAUGUGGAGUUUGCACUGCUGUUUUUCUCUCAGAAGCAGAUCUGCAUCGUCAUAAUGAUAUUGAUCAUCCGGAGUUAUCUCUUCGUUGUAAUCUUUGUACAAAGAUGUUUGCUUCUGUCAAAUCUGCUACUCGUCAUAGAAGUAUAUGUAAACAAAUAGAGAGGAAACACAGGUGUAGUACUUGUGGACUCAUGUUUGCCUAUGAAAUAUCGCUUAAUAAACAUAUAUUGCGGUACCACGAAGGGCAAAGCGUGUCUGUAAAAUUUAUGGAUACUAAAACAAGUCAAGAAGACAAACAAUAUAAAUGCGAUAUAUGUAACAAAAUGUUCUGUAGAAAAGAUUUGCUUAUAAAACACUUCAGAAUGCACUCUGAAAAAUACUUUGAAUGUGAUGUGUGUAAGAAGAAAUUUAACAGGAGCGACAAUUUACGUUCUCACAAAAGGACCCAUGAACCACGUGACAAAACUAAAGUCAAUACUUGUUUGUGUUUAUAUUGCGGACGUAGUUUCAACAACUCUUCAAACUUAAUUGUACAUAUGCGCCGGCAUACGGGCGAGAAACCUUACAAGUGCGAUUUCUGUGAUAAAGGGUUCCCGAGGUCAUCGGAUCUUCAAUGUCAUAGAAGAUCUCAUACAGGUGAAAAGCCGUGCGUUUGUGGUGUCUGUGGGAAAGGUUUCUCCCGUAGUAACAAGUUAUCAAGGCACAUGCGAGUUCACACCGGUGUAAAACCUUAUAAAUGUACAUAUUGUGAGAAGGCGUUUUCGCAGAGUAACGAUUUGACACUUCACAUCAGACGACAUACAGGGGACAAGCCGUAUAUUUGUGAGGUGUGCGGUGAUAGAUUUAUUCAGGGGACUGCAUUGCACAAUCAUAAACGUAACCACGGUCAUUUUCCAGCUUCUUCAACGGAUACACAUAUUCAAUUACAAAGCCUUACAUAUACGGUUCACAAUAUUACUCAUCAGGAUAUAAAUCAAUAAUAAAGUAAAUAAAAAGUUGUAAAUUUGAAAAUAUAUUGUAUCAUAUUGCAUUACAAAUAAGGUGUAUAAUAAUACUAAGUUCAGUAAUAUAUUUUUUAUAAUAAA